AUGAAGCUAAAGCUUAUUCUUCUUCUCUUACUUUUUUUUUUAUUUGUUUACUGCAAUACCUCCACCUAUAAGUCAACCAUUGAUUACGAAUUCUGUAUCCACAUCCUCGAUUCUGAUCCUCGAACUGCAAACGCAGAUCUUGUUGGACUUGCUAACAUCUCUCUCGAUCUAGCAUUGCGCAAUGCCACGGACACACAUGGAUACAUUUCUCACUUGUUGGAAAAUGCCACCGAGCCUUCUAUGAAGAAAUGGCUUAACAUUUGCCUUGAAAAAUACGACCAUGCGCUUGCUGGGAUCUCAGAUGCAUUCAUGUCCUUGGCUUCUAAGGUUUAUGAGAAUUUCGAUUUAAAAGCCCAGUUUGUCGAUGCUCAAGCUUGA